GGGGCCGGGGGGGGGGGGAGCCGGUGCCGAUGCGGGGGUGUCGGUUCCGUUGCGGUGCUGCUGGUGCCGUGGUGGUGCCGGAGCUGGUGCCGUGGGGAUGAUGGUGCUGGUGCGGGGACGCUGGUGCCGUGGGGGUGGUGCCGGUGCCGUUGUGCUGGUGCCAUGCCGGUGCGCCGCAAGUUCAUCAUCGCCAACGCGCGGGUGGAGAACUGCGCCGUGAUCUACUGCAACGAUGGGUUCUGCGAGCUGUGCGGGUACACGCGCGCCGAGGUCAUGCAGAAGCCGUGCACCUGCGACUUCCUGCACGGGCCCCGCACGCAGCGCAGCGCGGCCGCGCAGAUCGCACAGGCGCUGCUGGGCUCCGAGGAGCGCAAGGUGGAGAUCUGCUUCUACCGCAAGGACGGGGCCAUGAACAAUGUCCGCAGCACCCUGCUCAACUCCACCUCCGACUCUGACCUGGUGCGGUACCGCGCCAUCAGCAGGAUCCCGCAGAUCACCCUCAACUUCGUCGACUUCAAAGCCGACGCGUUCCUGGGGGCCCCCCCCGGAGAGAAGGAGAUCAUCGCCCCCACCAAACUGAAGGACCGCACGCACAACGUCACCGAGAAGGUCACCCAGGUGCUGUCCCUGGGUGCCGACGUCCUCCCCGAGUACAAGCUGCAGGCGCCGCGCAUCCACAAAUGGACCAUCCUGCACUACAGCCCCUUCAAGGCGGUGUGGGACUGGCUCAUCCUGCUGCUGGUCAUCUACACCGCCAUCUUCACGCCCUACUCGGCCGCCUUCCUGCUCAACGACCAGGAGGAGGCCCAGCGGCACAACUGUGGCUACUCCUGCAGCCCCCUCAACGUGGUGGACCUCAUCGUGGACAUCAUGUUCAUCAUCGACAUCCUCAUCAACUUCCGCACCACCUACGUCAACUCCAACGAGGAGGUGGUGAGCCACCCCGCCAAGAUCGCCAUCCACUACUUCAAGGGCUGGUUCCUCAUCGACAUGGUGGCCGCCAUCCCCUUCGACCUGCUCAUCUUUGGCUCUGGCUCUGAGGAGACCACCACACUGAUCGGGCUGCUGAAGACGGCGCGGCUGCUCCGCCUGGUGCGGGUGGCCCGCAAAUUGGACCGGUACUCCGAGUACGGGGCAGCCGUGCUCUUCCUGCUGAUGUGCACCUUCGCGCUGAUCGCGCACUGGCUGGCCUGCAUCUGGUACGCCAUCGGCAACGUGGAGGGGCAGCGCAUCGGCUGGCUGCACUCGCUGGGCGACCAGAUCGGCAAGCCGCUGAACGACAGCAACCCCCUGUACGGCCCCACCAUCAAGGACAAGUACGUCACGGCGCUCUACUUCACCUUCAGCAGCCUGACCAGCGUCGGCUUCGGCAACGUCUCGCCCAACACCAACUCGGAGAAGAUCUUCUCCAUCUGCGUCAUGCUCAUCGGCUCCCUGAUGUACGCCAGCAUCUUCGGGAACGUGUCGGCCAUCAUCCAGCGCCUGUACUCGGGCACGGCGCGCUACCACACGCAGAUGCUGCGCGUCCGCGAGUUCAUCCGCUUCCACCAGAUCCCCAACCCGCUGCGCCAGCGCCUGGAGGAGUACUUCCAGCACGCCUGGUCCUACACCAACGGCAUCGACAUGAACGCGGUGCUGAAGGGCUUCCCCGAGUGCCUGCAGGCCGACAUCUGCCUGCACCUGAACCGCAGCCUGCUGCAGAACUGCAAGCCCUUCAAGGGAGCCACCAAGGGCUGCCUGCGCGCCCUGGCCAUGAAGUUCAAGACGACGCACGCGCCGCCCGGGGACACGCUGGUGCACGCCGGCGACGUGCUGACCGCGCUCUACUUCAUCUCGCGCGGCUCCAUCGAGAUCCUGCGCGGGGACGUGGUGGUGGCCAUCCUGGGGAAGAACGACAUUUUCGGGGAACCGCUGAACCUGUACGCGCGGCCGGGGAAGUCCAACGCCGACGUGCGCGCGCUCACCUACUGCGACCUGCACAAGAUCCACCGCGAGGACCUGCUGGAGGUGCUGGACAUGUACCCCGAGUUCUCCGACCACUUCUGGUCCAGCCUGGAGAUCACCUUCAACCUGCGCGAUACCAACAUGAUCCCCGGUUCCCCGGGCAGCGAUGAACUGGACGGCGGCUUCAACCGCCUGCGCAAGCGCAAGCUCUCCUUCCGCCGCCGCACGGAGAAGGAUGCGGAGGCCGCCGGGGAGCCGCGCGGUGGGCAGAAGGCGCUGAGGCUGAGCAGGGGCUGCCAGGCGCCGGGAGCCCCGCGGGGACCGGCCGAGUGGGAACCGUGCCACUGCAGCUCGCCCUCCAGCUCGCCGUCCAGCGACGAGGAUGAGCACCCCGCGCCCACCCCGGGGGCUGCCGCUCUCUCGCCCUUCCGCAGCCCCCGGCCCAGCGGCGAAGCCCCCGCAGCCGCCGACAACGAGGAGCGCGAGGGCAGCGACACGUGCAACCCCCUCUCAGGAGCCUUCUCGGGGGUCUCCAACAUCUUCAGCUUCUGGGGGGAGAGCCGGGGCCGGCAAUACCAGGAGCUGCCCCGCUGCACCAUCCCGGCGCACGCGGCCCUCGGCAUCCCGCUGCCCUCCAUGAGCCGCCGGCAGCGCUCCGAGGUGGAGAUGCGCCUCGACCUCCUCCAGAAGCAGCUCAAUAGGUUGGAGACGCGGAUGGCGGCGGACAUCAGCUCCAUCAUGCAGCUGCUGCAGCGCCAGGCUGCGCUCGUGCCCCCCGCCUACAGCACGGUCUCGUCCCCCCAUCAGCCCCCGGGUCCCCCCCCGUGCCCGCUGCAGCCCAUCCUCCCCAUCACCCCCAUCCAGCCGCUCUCUCAGGUUCCCAGCUUCCCAGUUCCCCCGGAGCUGCGCGGCGCCGCGGGCCCCCCGCCGCCCCCCGACGUGGUGCUGCUGCUGGAGCCGUCCCCACGCCGCCGCUCGCUGCCCGGCCCGCUGCCCCCCGCACAGCCGCUGCACAGACACUGCUCCGACCCUGGCAGUUAGGGGGCAGCGCGGGACGGGGCCGGGACCCCCACCCACGGACGCGGGACCCCGUCUCCAGGACGCCGGGGUCACGGCUGCCGUCCCCACGGACAUUGCGCCCACGUUAGCUGGCCUAACCCCGGGCCGGGCCACUGGCAGCGGGUGUGGGCUGCUCCCGCCCUUCCUCCUCCUCCUCCUCCUCCUCCCCAUAGUGCUGCAGCGGGGGGACGGAGGAGCGGGGCGGUGUCCGUGUGCGCACGUGUCCGUGUGCGCACACAUGUCCGAUGCACACGCCUGUCCUUGUGCGCAGAUGUGUCUGAUGCGCACACGUCUCCGUGUGCGCCGUGCGUGUCCGCGUGUGUGUCUGCGUGCUGCGGCCCCUCUGCCCCGUCUGCUUUGUGCGCACGUGGGUGCACGUGGGGCCGCGUGUCCGUGUGCUCGCCCCUAUGGCGACGCUGCGUGUGUCCGGGUGUGCUCCUGACAUGCAGGGUGCAAACACGCGUGUGCUCCGGGCAUGGGGUGGGCACGUGUCCUCGUCCGUCCGCCGUGGGGCCGCCGUGGGGCAGCGUGUGACUCCGGCGUCGUCCCCUCCCUGCGCUCCCUCCCCACGGCACAGGGGGUGGGGGGGCCCUGCCGUGCCGCCGCACGCACAAUGUGGUGGGGAGAGCCCGGGGGUGCAGGCAGGGUCCCCCUGCAGCCCCCCGCCGUGCGUGCCGUGUUCGUGCUGUUGUCCCGUAGGUCUCUGUGUGCCCCCCCCCCUCCUUUUUACACCGCCCUGCAUGUCGCCUUCUGCGGUAGGAGCCCCCGUCCCGCACCCCAAUAAAGCGGACCGAGGACUG